AAACAACCUCUACCACUAAAAGUCCAGUUUCUUGGAAUAGGCUUCAUAGGUACGACAGAAGUAUUUAUGUAUUCUUGGCCAGCAGAGCAUUUGAUUCAUAUGACUCAUGAAGUCGCACAAGCAGCAUUCUAUAUACUUGAAGACAAUCGUAUAAUGGAAAUGUGGAAAUGUCUGCAAAUUAUUAUAAUGAGAAGUCAAAAACCAGUAACGAUUUCAAUACCUAUCUUUCUGCCUGAAGUAUCUCUUAGUUACUUUUCAUCGUAUCUUUCAACUGUCCUUUCCUAUUUUACAACAUUGCGAGUAAUGAUGGAGGAAUAAUGGAAAUAAUUAAAUAUAAACACUAUAUUGCAAUUGAAAUACUCGUAUUAAACAAUUAAUGUUUGCACGAAAGGCUAUCAGCAACACCGUGUUGCACUGUUGCAGAAAUAUAACUACUACACUUCAGAAAGCUGUAUUAUUUAAUUGAAAAAUGGUAGUAAAUUGAAUUAGAAUUGUUAUUAUAAUAAUAUUAUUAAUAAAUAUUACUUCAAGAUUUGUAAGGAUGAUUAUUUACCGAUAUAUUUUCAAUUGUCACUAUUUGCUAUUAAUCUCUGAGAAUAACAAAAAUAAAAAG